AUCGUGUAUCUCGGUCUCAGUAUCCAGCUCCAAGGAAGACGAUUCCACUUCGAAACCACAUCCCCUUUCCGGCACCUGUAGGCCUUAGCACUAGCUCGCACCCCUCAGGCGAUCAUGCCUCCUUCUGCAUCAUUCCCCGCCAAGAAGGCGAAGAAGAAGCCGACGCGCGAAGCUGCAUUCAGAAAAGCAUUAACAGCAGAGAAGGCGGCGCGGUCGGCCACGUUGGCAGCAUCCGGCAAGGUGGCGUCAGCAGUGACGAAUCCAGCCAAAUUGCAAGCCAAAGCCAAGGCCAAGGCCAAAGGCAAGGACCGAGAGUUGGCAGACGAUCCUCAUCCAUUCAGGUAUCGCUCCUUCAACGAUCGGCUCGCCACCGCUCACAUUGGCGCAUCCAAGACCGCCCGCAAGCAUGCGCUCGCGGGACUCGAAGCUCACGGCCCUUUGGCUGCAAGCUCAUCCUCUUCCACUUCGCACAGGCUAAUGGACGUGGACGAUGAUCUGGAUGACGAGGCUACAGCCGAUGCGGUAUUCUCCGAGACUUCGUUCGGCCGGGCGCUGGCGGGCUGGCGAGAGCUCAACCUUUCUCUGCCGUUCACCUCUUUCGCUCAGCAAGCCGCACCACUGGCGCAAACGCUGCCGCUCUUGCUACAUCACCGCGAGAAGGUAUCAUCGUUGCUGGCAGACUUGCUGACAUCCCACCACCCCGAUGCUUGGCUGGCAUACGACGCUGCCAUCGACCUGGUGCCUCGCCUGGCUUUGGAUUUGCAAGAGGAGUCCGAGCCAGUCUAUCCAGAGCUGCUGGGCGCCCUGCUCCACGCAGCCACCCUGUCAAAGCAUCAAUGCAACCAGGACGAGCGUCUUGCGGCUCGACUUGUUGAGAAUGCUUUUGAUUCUGCAGCAGUAACUCUAAGGGUGGUAGCGCCUCUGCUCCUCAGACAAGAGGAUUCAAGACAUUUGCUGGCCACGUGGGAUCUCGUAAAGCCGUAUCUUGGCUGGUACAGCUCAGAGAUGGGCUCUGGCCAGUUCCUUAACCGAGCCACAGAGCGACAUGUUGAUCAAGAUGACGGCGACGAUGACCAUCUCGAGCGCGACGGCGAGCAAGAAGCGGAGGGCGACGCCGAAAGCUCAGCGGGCGCAGAAGAUGCCGCGGCAAGGGAUGUUGAAGCUGGCGACGACGCCUCUAGGCCGCGCAGCCGACCACGCAAAGUUCCAUCAUAUACGCGACGCUUUGCAGCGGAGGCCCUGGCGCAUCUUGCUCGGAAGGCACGAGAAACGCAGCUGGACAACCUGGCGAGCGCUAUGAUUAGGGAUGCGUCGGCGUUGUCGAGCGCCACCUUCACGGUCGGCGUGGCGGCAGUGUGGGCAGAAGUCUGUAAGGCUUCCGAUGGCCGUUUGCAGUCUGGCGCAAUUGCGGUGCUCGAGCGGCUGCUCGCGUUGAGAUACUUGAAGCCCGACCUACUCGCAACCUUGCAGCAUGUAUUGGUGCUGGUGUUGGUCAAUCUUACGCACCAGGUGUAUUCGAGUCACCUUGCACAGGUGGCUGAGAUGCUCAUCACUCGCGCGGCCUCCACCUUGAGGUCGUUAAAAGCGUGUUCAGAUCAAAAAGCAGCAGACACGUUGACUUCGGAGCUGGCGCAUCUGUUGCAGCUAGUGGGUGCCUAUGUUGGGGUGAGGAAGGGAAAACGCGUUGAUGAUUCUUUGAAACCAACGCUCUUCGCCUUUCUGCUCGAGUUCUCGGAAUGGGCGAGCCAUUACCACAGCUCUACGAAUGUAGCAAGGCGGCUCUUAUCACAGCGCUCUGUGGAGCUCCUGGCCCUCUCACUGCCGCUUGGCCGCAUCCAAGAUCUGGUGGGUCGAGGGAUCAAGAUCAUAGAUGCUUUCGGGGCAGCGCCUGUACUCUCGCCUCACUUCGCAGCGCUGGUCAUGGCUUUGGGCUGUUCCGAGAUUACUUGGUCAGGCUUCAAGCAGUUCGUGAUGCCAGCUGUCAUGCGCCUCACGACCGCCGCUUUGACGUCACCAGCUGACGGCGGUCAGCAGGCCUCUGCUCUUGCACUAUUGGAUGAGCUGAAUCGGCAAGGGAGUCUGGGCGAGACUAUUGCGUCAUCUGCAGCAGCACCUCAUGUUGCCAAUUGGUGCAGCAACGUGACUGCAGCUGUGAAUGAUCAGCUGUCAUCGCUCGUUUUGCGCGUCGAGCAAGUCGCAAGAAGCGAGCAAGUCGCGGUCAAUGCUGUCGUUCAGCCGGUCGACCUUGCCGCCAUCCGAUUAUCGCCGACUUUUGCUCGGCUGCAAGCGCGCUCAUUUACAACAUCGCUGCAGCGUCUUGUUUCAGCGGCGUUGCAAAUUGGCUUGAACAGAGAUUGGAGAAGCUCGCCACUGAAUGGUCUGCUCAUCGCUGCCCUCGCCAUGGACGCGCUUUCAGACAUUCUCGACUCGGACGUGAGCAACAAGGAUGCAGGUCAGCACCUUUCCUCUCUUCUGGGUUCUGAGGGAGCAGUUACUCUCGUGUUGUCUCACCUAGCCGAUCAUCAUCUCGCGUUUUGCGCGGCUACGAGACUAAUGACCACCGCACGAAGCAAAGGGAUCGAGUGCGCAAGUAGAUCGCCUCCUUCGCUGAUCUACCUCAAGGACGUGGUGGCGAAGCACGCGGCUUCGUCCGAUGCACGAAUGCGAAGCGCAAUCGCAGAUUUGCUGACAGCAUCUCCCAGCCCGAUCACGGACCUGCUGUCGAUGAUAUCAGCCAUCGAAGCACUUCCAUUGACGAUCGAGUGUAUCCGGGAUCGCAACGUGCGUACGAGGGCGCUUGUUAGAGAAUUUAUCCGACUCGGCACCCCCACUGCUUCCGAUGCUGAGCAGCACGCACUGGCGGUAGACCUUAUCGCCAGGUACCUCGUAGGAAUUUUCAAAUUAAAUUUGAGCCCGCUGUGGCCCGAGGCUCGAGAAGCGCUAGUCGAGUUCUCGACCAAAUACGGAGAGCAAGUGUGGGCGGUCGCAUUCAGGGAGCUGCAAGACACUUGCCAUGGUCCACAGACUCCGACCGACUGGACGGCGCCAACGCAGCUGCCCCAAAAAGACUCGGGGCGUUCUGAACCAUCCAUUUGGUUUGGCGAUCCUCAAGAUAAAGAAUUUGACGACCCGCAGCUUCGCGCACGGCUGUUUGCAAUAGCGGCAGUCUUGAACGCCGCAUUGCAAGAUGGCGCGCACAAACGGCAGAGGAUGAUGCACGAGUUAGGAGAGAUUCAAUCCAUCGAGGGACGACUAGAUGUUCAGAAUUACCACUCUCAAAUCUUGAAGCUCUUGGUGCGUCUCCCACGUCUGGUCGAAAAACACAAUGCGCCUCUCGUGGAGCACUUCCUCGCUCUGGUUCAAGAUACCGCAGCCAUCACGGAUGAUGAAGACGAAGAAGCAUUCCAAGCAAGUACAGCCACAUCGAAGUCCGCCGAGACGCCUCGCCUGGGAGCUACAUCCAAGGAACGCCGCGCGCGUCUGUGCAACUAUCUGGAGCUCUUCUCGCAGUUCACAAAUCCAAAGGCCCUUUCGCGCGCGGAAGACCUGCACCGGUACUUCAUGUCGUUGUGCGCAAUAGGCGAUCCAAGCAUACAACGUUCUGCGCUCGAGUGCGUUCUCACGUGGAAGGAUCCUGCACAUGUCCCUUACGCCGAGAACUUGCUGGCUUUGCUGGAGACGUCCAAAUUCAGAGAAGAGCUUUCUUCUUUCAAUCUCGCCGCUUCUGGUGACUCUAUCCAGCCUGCGCAUCGAAGUGGGCUGCUUCCUGUGCUCAUCCGCAUCUUGUUUGGCAUCAUGGUAUCAAGACGCAACCGCAGUUCUUCCGGGGCGGGCCAGUCAGCACGCAAGACUGCCAUCAUGGCAGCCUUUGCAAGGCUUGCAGCAGAAAACCUCGGCACGUUGGUAGACCUAAUGCUCGCUCCCUUUGCAGAUCAGCGUGUCGUUGAUCUGCCUGCGGACGAACAAUUCAAAUUCAGCUCUACCGCCAGCAGCGCCUCGCUCCGACGACAGAAUGGAUUCAUCGCCCUCUUGGCAGACGUUAUAAAGCACGUCAGCCAAGCAAUGCGACCGUACUGGCCCCAGCUCAUCAGCGUAACCUUCAAUUUGGCGCACCACGCCUCCCUAGCAGCCGAGAAGGCAGAAGGCUCGACCAAAGCUCUGCGCAGUCUUCGGCAGGCCGGUCUAAGGCGUAUUGCAGAAUUCUUCAACCAGCCCGGCAAGGAUCUCUUCAAUUGGCAGCCCUUCUUGCCUGCACUCUUUGAGGGCUUCAUUGACCCUCGUUUGCCGACUCUGCCAGCGGACAGUGCACAGGGAUUUUCAGCUCUGCUAGAUCUGUUUUACACUUGGUCAGGUCGUCUGGAAUUUGUGCAUCUUCUGCAUUCUCAAUACAACGAUCGGCUGCUCCCAAGCGUCUUUGCUUGCCUUGCAGAGCAGACAGUCAAGCCGCCCGUCAUCACGCGUAUACUCGACAUUGUCGAUCGCCUUCUCGUCAUCUCCACCCUCGAAGUGCAAGAUGGAGGUGAAGCCGAAGUGGAUCGCGUCCUCAGACCUAAUACCACUGCAUUUCUCAACAGCAUCCGCCCUUUGAUGCAACGGCACGGAUUGACUGGAAGCUCUUCACCCAGAAGUACUGACGACUCUGUCCGCCGCCUGAUACAGAUUCUGGCAAGCCUGGCGCGCUAUGUCGAGUCGCCCGAGGACGCAUCGCAACUUCUGAAAAUGCUCGGCCCCAUGCUCCAAAAGAGCAACCACGCCGUCCCCGAGCGGACAAAGACGGAUUUGCUGCGCAUCUUCCGUGACCUUCUUGCCCUCACACCGGACUUUAAGGAUCCAGCAUCUGAGAUUUUCACCGCGCACUACCACAUCUUCUCGGCAGCUUUUGCCACGAUGCGGUCCGCAGAAUCUCGUCAAACAUUGGUGGCGGCGUUUGGGCAGUUCGCUAAGAUCGAUACGAACCUUGCGCGGAUUGCACGCUGGAUAGAAGAACUCAACGCUUUCAGCACGCGUCGAGUGGAAGAACCCGAUUUUGACAGGCGCCUCGAAGCCUUUGACGAGAUUACGAGCUCCAAGCAGGACAUUGCGCUGCGCGAAUGGGUGCCGCUUUUGCAGAACAUGAUGCACUUCAUUCAGAACCAAGAUGAGCUUGCUAUCAGAUCCAACGCUGGUCAGCUGCUUCGUGUGUACCUGGAAGCAGUUGCUCGAGCCUCGGCCAGCGACGCGGACGGUUGGCGUCAUACAUAUCGCACUAUUGUACAGCCUGGCCUCCGGCGCUGCAUACGUUCAAAGCACGAGCUGGUCCGCCGGGAAGUGCUUGGCGUGUUGAUGAGUGCGAUCGAGUACUUAGGAGACUCGUUCGACUCACUCGGAGACAUGAAGUGCUUGUUAGCCGACGGCGAUGAGGAGGCAAGCUUCUUCACCAACAUCUAUCACACGCAGCUGCACCGACGCGCUAGAGCGCUCAAACGUCUGGGGGAUCAAGCUGAGGCGGGCAGAAUACGCGGCAAGACGAUUGUAGAGCUGCUGUCACCACUUCUCAUGCACUUCCUGAUCCCAGGAAACGCUGUGAGCGAUCAUAACUUGAUCACCGACACCAUCGUCUGCUUUGGUCGGCUAGCAGCCCAGCUGCAAUGGGGCUCUUACAACGCUUUGCUCUGGCGAUUCUUGCGUCUGGCAAACGAAACCGAAGGCUCCCAAAAGAUCUUCGUCCGUGCAGCCAUGGCUGUGCUUGACUCGUUCCACUUCGAGCUUGACGCACAGGUCUGCGGCGAUGACGCUGCAGAGAUCAUCGAAGAAGGCGAACAGGAUGCUGAGAACGAGUUCAAAGUCCAAAGUACGAUGCACAAUGACGCUGCGCAGCAGUCCGGCAAGAUUCUAGAUGCGGUCACGUCUCGCUUACUUCCAGCAUUGAUGGGCUAUCUCGAUGAGAAGGACGAGGCGGAUGACGCGGUCAGGCUGCCUGUGGCGAUCGGUGUGUGCCGCGUUGCGCUGUGCCUCCCAGAGCCGUCCAAGUCAAAUCACAUAGCAAAGUUGCUCACAACGCUAGCAAACGUGCAGAAAAGCAAAUCGCAAGUCACGCGCGAUCUUGGCCGCGAUUCGCUCUGUAAGGUCAUGACUGCACUUGGCCCCAAACACUUGCCCACUGCCAUGGGGGAACUAAGGCGUGCGCUCGUCAGAGGUACUCAGCUUGCGGUACUGGCUUUCACGGCGCACGCUCUGCUGGUUCACUUGAUGUCCCUGCCUGCGGAUGCGCCUGCGCAUCUCAGCCUACUUGAGCAUGGAGUGGGAGAUCUGGUUCAUGCGGCAACCGAAGAUAUCUUUGGCCUCACUGCGGAGGACCGUGUCACCGUGGAAAAUCGAACGAAGCUCAAGGAGGUCAAGCACAGCAAGAGUAUGGAUACUUUUGAAAGGCUUGCAAAGGUGGUCGCACCUCUUCAAUUUGGAGUCCUUCUGGAGCCUGUCCGUGACGUCCUCGCCGAAACCGAGGCUCAGAGAUCUUUGAUAGCCGCGGAGGACGUGCUGCGUCGCAUCGCAUCUGGUCUAAAUGCAAAUCCACACUUUGGCGCGGAAACGUUCUUCACUCUUUGCCACUCCCUAAUUGCCGGCAAUGCGGCUUUUCUCCAGCCGCAGAAGAGCGCAAUGAACAAAGGAGGAGCCAAGCUCAAAGGAGGCUACCGCUUCAUUACACACAUGAAGAGAAGGGAUGUCGAGCUUGGGCUAGCUGCCCAAGACCAUAGGGCGCGCAACGCUCACCGCUUUGUCGCCUUCGGUCUCGACCUUCUAGUCACGGCUUUGAGACGAGAGCGAUUCAAGGAUGCAGCGAGCAUGCUAGCUGUGCGCCUCGAUCCUUUAGUCAACCUCGCGGGUCACACUCUCUACGCCCCGCAAAGCUCAAUCGUCGUCCUGAGUUUGAAAGCGAUCAGUGGCCUGGUCAAGCACGACCUGCCUUCGCUCGAUCAAGCUGCACCCGUCUUCGCCAAGCAAAUACUCGCAAUCGUGCAGCGCGAAGGCACUGCCCAGUCGACGAUGGGCCAGGCAGCGAUCAAAUGCCUGACCUCGGUUUUGAGAGGCUGCCAAGACGCACAAUUGCCCGAGCAGCAGCUGGCAGAUCUCCUGAAAGUGGUAAUCCCAGAAUUGGAGGAGCCUUUGGCCCAAUCUGCCAUCUUCGCACUUUUGCGCGGCAUCUUGUCGCGCAAGAUCAUUCUGCUUGAGGUGUACGAAGCGAUGGACAAGAUCGCGGAAAUACUGGUGACGAAUCAAAGUGCGACCGUGCGCGACUCGUGCCGAGCUGCGAUGAUUCACUUCAUGCUAGAGUACCCGCUAGGCAAAAGCCGUCUGCGCAAGCAAAUGCAGUUCAUGGCGAAGAACCUGUCGUACACGUACGAAAGUGGGCGGCUCAGUCUCCUUUCCCUGCUCUCCUCAGUGCUCGCCAAGUUUGACAUGGUCGUCAUCCGGGAACACGCCGACUUACUCUUCGUGGCUUUGGUAAUGGUGCUCGCAAACGACGAUUCAAGUUCUUGCAGAGAGCAAGCAGCUCGGCUUAUCGGUGUUCUCUGCACCUUGGUGGACGAAGAGCAUCGCGGACGAAUGAUUCACCUCACUCAUUCCUGGGCAACGCAGCGCGAGCAGUCGCAGCUCAUGAGAGUAGCCAUGCAGGUCUACUGUAUAUUCUUAGGUGCUGUUCCAGAGUCCGCCAGCGAGUGGCUGCCGCGUGCGCUGUCUAGUCUUGAUGGUACACUGCAAGCGUGUGUGUCAGAUCUCGUGGACGCCGAACACGACACAACGUUCGACAAUCUCGGUGAUCCAAAGCAAUUGGACUGGCAGCUCGCUUAUCAGGCUCUACAAUUUGCAGAGCAGCUUCGCUCGGGCCAACAAGCCCUCGAUAUCCUUGAAUCUCGCUCGACAUUUAGCAUCUGGCGAUCCACAGUCGGUCUCCUCCUUUUUCCUCACGCAUGGGUACGACUAGCGGCCAGUCGGUCACUAGGCUCGCUAUUUGCGUCCGCGCCUGCUGCACAGCCAACCGAGGAUGAGCCACUCAGUCUCGAGUUCAUGAUCGAAAUCGCAAGAAAACUAGCGCUACAGCUUCAAGCAGAUGCAGAAGAGGUCAACGAUGAGCUCAGCCUUCAAGCGGUGAAGAACCUCUUGUACAUAGGACGCUGCUUUGCUCUUAAGCCUGCUCACGACCGUGGCUCUUCGAUCGAGCGGACGGAAGAGGCAUCCGCUCAUGACGAGGGCGAUGACGAGAAUGAAAGUAUUCCCGAGGAGCAAGACAAUGCGGCGGCAAACCCUCUAGCCUGGCUUUACACGAAGCUUUCGUUCACAGCGAGAGGGGCGAGACUCAGUGCUGGCAAUGCGGAGCCUCAAAUCAAUCGUGCUGCCUCUGUGCUGCGCUGGUUUGCAGCAAUGGCUACGCAGCUUGAGUCCUCGCGCAUUGAACCAUUUCUGUCUCACAUGAUCGGACCGAUCUUCCGCAUUCUGGAUGACGAGAGUCUCAAGGCGGACAGAUUUGAUGAGCUCAAGUCUCUCGCGAUGGAAGUUCAGGAGCUUCUCCAGGCGCAGCUUGGAGCCACUAGGUAUGCCGCCGUGCACUCCCGCAUCAAGCAAGCGAUCCUCGAGAAGCGCCGCGAGCGCAAGACGGCAAGGUUGAUGCAAGGCAUCAGCAAUCCCGAAGCAGCAACAGCCAGAAGAGCGAAGGAAAAUACGAAGAAGCACGAAAGCCGGAAGAGAAAGAAUGCGAAAUUUGCAGAUACCAAGAUGCGCAACAAACCCUCCAAAAGAUCGCGGGUUAGCUAGGUGUGCCCCGUCUUACUCUACUUGUAUUUGUACAGCGAACCGCGGCAAAUGCCAGCAGGCACUCCUCAAGUAUGUCUGCAAAAAUCUUAAUCUAUAUUCGUGCGUGACGGCAUCACGAGGUAUGUGAGCGGG